UGUGUGUGUAGCCCAAAGUCAAAUAUCGGGAGUAUAUCUCAGAUGUUGCGACGCAGUUCCAACCUCUAAGACAAUUGUCAAAUCCUUGCUGUCUUCAUAAAGGCGGAAACAAUUGUGAUCUGCACGGGUGUUGGUUAGGGUGCAGGCGCGUUCCUAAUAUUGUGGCAGCCACGGAUAAAGGCGUCCGUGGCGUGGAAGUCGAAAAUCCCCUCGCAAACCAGUGAGCAGAGAGGCCACGCUGGGCUUGUAGGUAAGCUCAGCCCACCUUCUCUCCCCAACCGGACGCACUCGACAGGAGCCUCUCUCAAAGCGCGCUGAGCGCCUUCGCUCGUCAAGCCCGGACAAAUGACUCCACGGCCCGCCCGAACAGCUUUUGGCAGGCGACAAAGGGACGACACAACUUGAAAAGAGGUGGCAGCCGAGUUGGGAGCUACAGGGCCAGGAGCAUGACUGAGCAGCAGGAGCACUCUGAAGAAACAGGCCUGCUCUCCGCACAGGACCCGGACGCCUCCAAGGACGAAGACGCGCACGGACACCUCAGGUUUCAGCUGAUUGAAGAGCUCUCCUAUGAGGAUGUAAAAAAAUGUUACCGUGGCUCGACUGUCAGCAAGUACAACUCGCAGUACCACAAACUGUUCCAGUGUGUGCCCAAGGAUGAGCUCCUUAUGAAAGUAUACUCCUGUGCUCUGCUCAGAGAUAUCCUCCUACAAGGCAGGCUUUACAUCUCUAGAAACUGGCUAUGUUUCUAUGCCAACCUCUUCGGCAAGGACAUCAAGGUGGCCAUCCCUGUUGUCUCUGUGCGGUUGGUGAAAAAGCAUAAAACAGCGGGCUUGGUGCCCAAUGGCUUGGCUAUCACCACAGACACUGGCCAGAAGUAUGUAUUUGUGUCACUUCUAUCAAGAGACAGUGUGUACGAUGUACUUCGUAGGAUCUGCACACACUUACAGGUCAAUGGGAAGAGUCUGAGUUUAAAGCAGUACAUGGAGGAGCCCACCUUAUCACUGGAUGAAUUCCCGACUCCUGACGAGUUCCCAGCGGUUGAUGAAUUUCCGUCAGUGUUAAAGUGGAGAAGGAAGCCCUCAGUGGUGUCUGUGUCCUCCUCCCUUCCAGACCUGCUGGGAAACUCAAGCAGCAGUCUGAGCGCUGUGAGCACACCCUUCAAGUCAGAGCAGCCUCUGGAAGAGCGAGCCCUGCAGACAGACAGAGGCCUUGUAUCAGAGCCAGUGGCAGAGUUGGGCCAGAUGGAAUACCAGCUGCUCAAGUUCUUUACCCUGCUGAUCAUUCUUCUCAUCCUGUCUUCGUGCUACCUGGCAUUCCGUGUGUGCAGUCUGGAACAGCAGCUCUCCUUCCUCAGCAACCCACAUUUGCCCCUCAGGGAGAGGUCACUAUAAUCAAUCAAACUACUAAUUUACUCCCUAAAUACACAUGCAUACCUACUCUGUGUGAAUCAAUAGAAGAGGAGGAGAGUCAGACCCCCAAAGGCUCCAUCAACCUGUCUUGCUUUCCCGCUGUCCAGGUAACCUCAGCCUGUUAGAUGGACUUUUGGUUUGGCUGCUGGUCACGCUUCCCACACGCAGAUCCAGGAUCAUCUCUGAUUCUCCGAUUAUCAUAUGAUGAAGCAACACUAACCGGUCCCCAGACAUCUUAAGGACCAUCCCUCCAUGGGACUGGUGAUCACUUUGAAACUAUGCAAACAGACUCUGUAUUUGUGUCCCGUAAUGGCCCUGUGGCAAGUGAAUGAUCGUUCGAAACAGUGAUUACUUGAAAAGACUUGAAAAACGCAUUUCAUUUGUGGCUUAGCCUACUUUACAGUGAACUAAACCAAAUGACCUGUUGACGAUCCUGACUUGCGCACUUUUUAAAAAAAUAUGUCCACAUAAUUUUCACAUUAUUUUUAGCUGUAUCGAUUAUUUGUGCACAGUGAGAUAGUGGUUAAAACAUGUUCCUCACAGUUCUGAGGUUCAGGGAUUCAAAUCUUAAUUCUGGCCUUCCUGUGUGGCGUUUGCAUGUUCUCCCCAUGCUUGAGUGGGUUUUCUCCGGGAACUUCAGCUUUCUCACACAUUCUCUCAAAAACAUGCAUGUUAGGUUCAUUGACGACUCCAAAUUGUCCGUAGGUGUGAAUGUGACUGUGAAUGGUUGUUUGCCCGUACAUGCUCUGUGAAAGGCUGGAGACCAGUCCAGAGUGUGUAUACCCACCUCUUGCCCAAAGUCCAUCACAUGCAACCCCAAUGAGGAAAAGCAGGACAAAAGGAUGGAUGGAUGGAUGGAUGGAUGGAUGGGUAACCUGUAAGUUACAGGUUGUAACCCCAAUGAGGUUACAGGCUGUAGCCCCAAUGAGGAAAAGCAGGACGAUGGAUGGAUAAGCCUUGAACAUAGGUACUCAGUUGUCAUGUUCAAAGGUAUUUAUCCGACAAAGGAGGCAAGGUUGCAACAGUUGACUGAAUGAAACGAUCAUUUAACUGUAAUAUACUAAAGCAAUAACACCUCCGUUAAUAACAAUGUGAAUGAAAUUAUUAGGUAACAAAUGUCUAUUUAUAGAUGUAUUGAUCUGUUGAAAAGAGUGGUUUAUUUUAUACAUUUCUAAUGAAGUGCUCACUUAUAUUCUAAUGACAAGUGUAAAUGUCAUCAUGACUUUGUUGAAGGAUAUUCUAUUGAUUUUGCUGACUGGAGGUCAUUUUUAGUUUAGCAAUGAACUCCUUGUUGAUUAAAUUGGCGACAGAACCCACCA